UGUUAAAUAUGGAUUCACAGUGACGACAGACAGAGCAGGAGAGGAGGUACCACUGUGUUUCGUAUGUUCAACAAUUCUCUGUAAUGAAGCUAUGAAGCCGUCGAAACUUACGCGGCAUAUGGAGACGCAUCACGUCCACUUGAAGGCCAAACCCGUUGAGUACAUGCAACAGAUGUUGCGUGAUUUCAAAGGACAGCAGGCUACCAUGAGGAAGAGUGCAAAAAUAAAUGAAAACGCACUGAAAGCAUCGUAUCUGGUCGCUCUCAGGGUUGCAAAAAGUAAGAAGCCCCAUACCAUUGCAGAGCAGCUUAUAUUGCCAGCAGCCAUAGAUAUGUGCAGAGCUAUGGUAAGCGAAGAAUGUGCCAACAAAUUAAAAACUAUUCCGUUGUCAGACAACACAAUCGGAAGACGAAUUGGGGAAAUGGCAAAUGAUGUCAAAGACCAGCUGAUGGCAAAACUUCAGACAGUUCUGUUUUCCCUUCAAAUCGACGAGACGACAGAUGUUACUAAUGAUGCGCAACUGUUAACAUUUGUGCGAUACGAGGACAGUGGCACUAUGUGCGAGGAAUUUCUUUUUUGCAAACCACUGCCCGGGCGAACUACCGGUGUAGAAAUAUUUAAAGCACUGGACGAUUUUUUCACGGAGCACAAUAUCUCGUGGCAGAGGUGCGUUGCAUUAUGCAGCGAUGGGGCCCGAGCCAUGAGUGGCAGCAAGACUGGACUGUUUGCGCAUGUAAGGAGGGUGGCUCCGGGGGUAAUUUGGACACACUGCCUGAUUCAUAGAGAGGCUCUCGCCUCCAAAGAUCUCAGUGUUGAGCUCAGUGGUGUGUUUGAUGUCGUUGUCAAGACGGUCAACUUCAUAAAACGAAACGCAUUGAAUACACGCCUGUUUUCAUCCCUAUGCCAUGACUUGGGAAGUGAACACAGCUCUCUCCUUUAUCAUUCAGAGGUGCGUUGGCUGUCUCGCGGCGCUGUGCUCGCCCGUGUGUUUGAACUACGCGGAGCUAUCUACGAGUUCUUGUGCGAGAAGCAUUCUGAUCUGGCUUCCAAUUUCAACGAUAGUUACUGGUUAACUAAGCUGGCGUACCUCACAGAUGUUUUUGCAGAGCUGAACAAGUUGAACAGCUCCAUGCAAGGGAGAGAUGCAAACGUCAUGCAGCUCUACGAGAAGCUCGACGCAUUUGUGAAAAAAAUGUCAAAGUGGAUCGAACGAGUGGAGAGCAAUAACUUGGCGAUGUUUCCUUCAGUUGAGGAAUACCCUGACAGCACUGACAUCAACGACACUAUAUGUGAGCAUUUGAGGAAGCUUGUGCGUCAAUUCGCAAAGUACUUCACUGAUUCGGAAGAGUGGCGCCGUGACAGCAAGUGGAUCCUGCUCCCAUUCAGUGACGAUGCAUCAGUAGGGUCAAGUCUGACGGCUGUGGAAGAGGAUAAGCUGAUUGAGAUGUCCACAGACUCUGUCAGGAGGCAUAUGUACGACACACAGCCCCUUGUUAAAUUCUGGAUAAGUUGCCAGACAGAAUUUCCACAGCUUGCUGCAAAAGCAAUGAGGUGUCUUUUGCCCUUUCCAACCACAUACCUGUGUGAGAGUGGUUUUUCUACACUGGCGUACUUAAAGAAUAAGUACAGGGCUAGGCUUGAUCCAGAGAAUGACAUGAGACUGUCUCUGUCUACCAUUUCGCCACGAAUAGACAGGCUGUGUGGACUUCACCACGCCCAGAUAUCACACUGACAGCAGGUGAUUGGUGACAGGUCUGUCCUGGCUGGGUUAUAAAAGCCCUGACCAGCCAGCAGUUGAGGCUGCCUUGGUCUUCAUUUGUUGGAUUUUGGUUCUCCGGUGUUGUUGGAUUUUUGUUCUCCGUUGUUGUUUUGUCACACACCUAGACUGACUUUGCAUGACAUUUUUAGUUACUUUUCCCAAUACUGAAUUGCACAACACUUUAUUAUUCUUUAUUCUUUCUUUAAAAUAAUCUUUAAUUUAAUUUAAUUUAAUAAAUCUACUUUUAUUAUUAUAAAAUCUGCGUGGCCUCUCUUUCAUGUUUCAUGCAUUGAGCUAUGCAUGUAACACCAAAUACACACGCGCACGCGCAGGCACAUCAGUGGGCCGCGGAUUGCUUUCUAGUCCGAAUGGUGGUCCCUGGGACAAAACCAGUUGAAAACCCCUGU